GAAUAUAUCCGCUACAGCGGUCCAGCUUCGAAUUUUCCUGAUCCGCAAACUUGGGCUAAAUAUGAACUUCUGUGGGAACAGAAUCGCCAAUUGAUGGGACUUCAUAAUUCCGAGAGCGAAAUUGAACAUAUUCGAAAUGCAAUCGAAAUUGUUUCCAAGGAUUCUGGAGUCGAUGCUCGUGUGAUUGUGUGUGUGAUUGUGCAGGAAUCGGGAGGGGAUGUUCGUGUGAGGACUACCAACAACGGCGUCCGCAAUCCCGGCCUCAUGCAAUCCCACAACGGCGUCGAAUUCAACCCCUCAGACCCACAAGGCAGCAUUCUCCAAAUGAUCCGCGACGGCACCCAAGGUGUGGCCGGUCCAGAUGGCGGAGAGGGACUUCAGCAGUGUUAUGAGGCGGAAGAGAAGAAUUGGUAUCGUGCGUUCAGGAGGUAUAAUUCGGGAAGUGUGAAUCAGAAGGAGUUGAAUGAUGGCAAGGGCGCGACCGAGGGGUAUGUGAGGGAUGUGGCGAAUCGGUUGAUGGGG